AUCAAAGGUAUCAAGAUGCCUACAGGACGGGCCAUAAUCCAUAACAUUGAGUUUAAGACUUUAAAUAUAGACCCUCCAAAACAGUUGGAAAAAAUCAAAAUCAAAAAUGGGCAAAAUAAGUUUUCAAAGAUGACUGCAUCUGCUAAGGCCCAAAUUCUUUCGGGGACUGCUAUUGCACGUGAAAUACAGGAGCAAUUACGAAAUGAUGUGGCAGAAUUACAGAAGAAAAUACCGAAUUUUCAACCAGGUUUAGCCAUUGUCCAAGUAGGUGGUAGAGAAGAUUCCAAUGUAUAUAUUCGGAUGAAAAUUAAGGCAGCGUCUGAGAUCGGUAUAAAGGCUACGCAUAUCCGGUUACCUAGAUCCGUAACUGAGACGGAGCUUUUAAAUAAAAUUCACAGGCUCAAUGACGAUCCAGACGUCCAUGGAAUUAUCGUACAGAUGCCUUUAGAUUCUGAGAAUGUCAUCGAUUCUCAUUUGAUAACAGACUUGGUCUCUCCUGAAAAGGAUGUUGAUGGUUUAAAUACGAUCAAUGAAGGAAGGGUAGCCGUUGGAGAUCUUUCAAGAUUUUUACCCUGCACGCCUAACGGUGUCAUAGAAUUAAUAAAGCGGUCAGGUAUUACCUUGGAAGGCGCCCAAGCGGUAGUUUUAGGCAGGAGUAAAAUUGUAGGAACACCAGCGGCGGAAUUGUUGAAGUGGCAUCAUGCUACUGUAACGGUUUGCCACUCGAAAACGAAGGACUUGAAGGAACAGUGCCAGAGGGCUGAUAUCCUUGUGGUGGCCAUCGGCAAGGCUAAACUCGUCAAGGGUAGUUGGGUGAAACCUGGAGCCGUCGUUAUAGACUGUGGCAUCAAUGCCGUUCCAGACUCGUCGAAAAAAUCAGGACAGGCCUUAGUAGGUGACGUAGACUAUGACGAAGUCAGCAAGGUAGCGUCCCACAUUACCCCGGUCCCUGGGGGUGUGGGACCAAUGACCGUUACUAUGCUGAUGAAGAAUACCGUGCAAAGUGCACAGAAAGCUGCUGACCGCUUACUCAACACUAGCUGGAAUUUAAAGCCAUUGCCUUUGAAGCUGCAGACACCAGUACCAAGUGAUAUUGCGAUCGCUAGAGCGCAAGAACCGAAGGAUAUUACCCAACUGGCGGAAGAAAUAGGAAUUUCUCCUUCUGAAAUUUCACAGUAUGGUAGCAAGAAGGCGAAAGUUUCCUUGUCGAUACUGAACAGGCUCAAGGACAAGAAGAACGGGCGAUAUGUAGUCGUUACAGGAAUGACACCAACUCCCUUCGGAGAAGGAAAGAGUACCACUUUGUUAGGAUUGGUACAAGCUUUGUCCACGCAACUGAAAAAGAAUGCCUUCGCCACAAUGCGACAACCUUCGCAAGGCCCUACAUUUGGCAUUAAAGGUGGCGCCGCUGGCGGUGGUUACUCGCAAGUAAUCCCGAUGGAAGACGUCAACCUCCACUUGACGGGCGACAUCCACGCCGUCACGGCAGCUAAUAACCUUUUAGCGGCCCAAUUAGACGCAAGGAUCUUUCACGAAGCUACCCAAAAGGACCAGGCCCUCUACGAUCGUCUGGUGCCUAAAAUAAGGGGCGAGAGAAAGUUCUCGAAUAUCCAGUUGAGGAGACUUAAACGGCUUGGAAUCGACAAAACCGAUCCCGACAGUUUGACCCCUGAAGAAAGGUCGAAGUUCGCUAGAUUGGAUAUUGAUCCUAAAAAUGUUGUUUGGAACAGAGUCAUGGAUAUCAAUGACAGAUACCUCCGCGAACUGACAAUCGGCGAAUCCCCAACGGAAAAAGGUCUGACAAGGAAAGAAGGUUUCACCAUCAGCGUAGCCAGCGAGAUAAUGGCGAUUCUGGCUUUAGCCACGGAUUUUAAGGAUUUCAAGGAACGCUUGGCACAGAUGGUGGUGGCUUUUGACAGGAAGGGCAAGCCUGUUACAGCCGACGAUUUAGGUGUGACGGGUGCUUUGAUGGUACUCCUGAAAGACACGGUAGAACCCACACUUUUACAAUCGUUGGAGGGUUCUCCGGUUUUCAUACACGCCGGACCUUUCGCCAACAUCGCUCACGGUUCUAAUUCCAUCAUAGCGGAUAAAAUCGCGUUGAAAUUGGUGGGAGAAGACGGGAUUGUGGUUACCGAGGCCGGAUUUUCUUCAGAAGUCGGCAUGGAAAAAUUCUUCAACAUCAAAUGCAGAGCUUCCGGUGACAUCCCCAGUGCCGUGUUAUUAGUGUCUACGAUAAGAGCGCUGAAAAUGCAUGGUGGAGGACCCACCGUUUCACCCGGAUCACCCCUCGCUCCAGAAUACACCCAAGAGAAUUUAGAUUUGCUUCGUAAAGGCAUACCAAACGUCCUUAAGCACGUCAGCAACGCGGUCAAAUUCGGCGUGCCCGUUGUAGUGGCUAUCAACCAUAGAGCGACGGACACCCAGGCUGAGAUAGACCUUCUAAGAAACGCUUGUAAGCAAUCGGGUGCCUUUGAUGCGGUGGUUUCUAAGCAUUGGGCGUUGGGCAGUCUAGGAGCCGUCGAUUUGGCCAAAGCCAUGUAUGCCGCUACCGAACACCCGAGUAACUUCAAGUUCCUGUAUCAGCUGAGCUUGCCGUUGAAGGAUAAAAUCGAAAUAAUCAGCAAAGAGAUGUACGGCGCUGGGGAGAUUACUUAUUCUGAGGAAGCAUUGGAGAAGAUUCGUCAGUAUGAGGAACAAGGUUUUGGUACUUUGCCAGUCUGCAUGGCGAAGACACCGUUAUCCCUGACCGCGGACCCCACGGUUAAGGGAGCACCAGUUGGUUUCACUUUACCUAUUACCAAUAUGACCAUAUCCGUCGGAGCCGGAUUCGUUAUACCGUUAACUGGAGCGAUAACGAAAAUGCCCGGAUUACCAACAAGACCAGCGAUAUACGACAUCGACUUGAACAUCGAAACUGGAGAAAUCGAGGGAUUGUUUUAAAUCGAAUUCUAAUGAGAUUUUAUGUUACCAAAAAUAUUAUUUUUGUAGAUAUGCAUAAAUCUAUGCCAAAGUUAUUACGUGAAUGGUUUUUAAAGGAAAAAUAAUUUACUGAUAUAUACGUUUAUAUACACAUAGAAAUGUUAAAGGAGUAAAUUUAUUUUAUUUUAGGA